ACACUAGAGCGGCGCGGCUCGCCGCUUGGGCAAAUAGAACCGUAGGAGGCUGUAUGGUGUUAGUUCUUGAAGUUUUACUAUCUAAGUAAUCAAAAAUGGAAAAUUCUGCAAAAGCAGAGGAAUGUGAAAAGAUCUCUCUUCAAGAAACAAAAGUAUCAAUAAAUUCGGAAACAGAGUCUUCAUUCAAUACUAAUGAAAACACAACCACUCCUGGGACUGCCCUUUUAGAACAAACUCCUACCUGUGGGCAGCUAGACACCCCAAAAAAGAGAAAAAUGGAGUUUGCAGAUGACCUUGUAAAGGAGAGUUCCAAUUGUGGGGAAGAUACUCCAUCUAGGAAAAGAAAAGUUCAUGCUGAAAUUGUCCCAGAGGAAAAAGAUUCUGGUAACAAUGAAGGCAUUUCAAGGAAAAGAAGAAUGGAAACUGAUGAUUUUUCAAAAGAUGAACCUUCUCCUGCAGAUGGCAUUCAGAAAAAGAGAAAAAUAGAACUUGAGGAUGUUUCUGAAAAGCAAAGAAACUUAGAAGAAAGACACAGCUCAACAGUGGCUGCCCACUACAAUGAACUUCAGGAAGUUGGUUUGGAGAAGCGUAGCCAAAGUCGUAUUUUUUACCUAAGAAACUUUAAUAAUUGGAUGAAAAGUGUCCUCAUUGGGGAAUUUUUAGAAAAGUUGCGACAGAAAAAAAAGCAUGACAUUACUGUUUUGGACCUGGGAUGUGGUAAAGGUGGAGAUUUGCUCAAGUGGAAAAAGGGAAGAAUUAACAAGCUCGUUUGUACUGAUAUUGCUGAUGUUUCUGUCAAACAGUGUCAGCAGCGGUAUGAGGACAUGAAAAAUCGUCGUGAUAAUGAAUACAUUUUCAGUGCAGAAUUUAUAACUGCUGAUUGUUCAAAGGAACUUUUGAUUGACAAAUUUUGUGACCCAGAAAUGCGCUUUGACAUCUGCAGUUGUCAGUUUGCCUGUCAUUACUCAUUUGAGUCCUAUGAGCAGGCUGACAUGAUGCUCAGAAAUGCUUGUGAGAGACUUAGUCCUGGAGGCUAUUUUAUUGGUACCACUCCCAAUAGCUUUGAACUGAUAAGACGCCUUGAAGCUUCAGAAUCAGAAUCAUUUGGAAAUGAAAUAUAUACUGUGAAAUUUCAGAAGAAAGGAGAUUAUCCUUUAUUUGGCUGCAAAAUGGUGAAGAAGUACAAUAUGAAACUAGUCUACAAAAAAACAUUUCUGGAAUUCUAUGAGGAAAAGAUUAAGAACAAUGAAAAUAAAAUGCUGUUAAAACGAAUGCAGGCUCUGGAGCCAUAUCCUGCAAACGAGAAUUCCAAACUUGCUUCUGAAAAGGUGGAUGACUAUGAACAUGCAGCACAGUACAUGAAGAACAGUCAAGUAAGAUUGCCUUUGGGAACCUUAAGUAAAUCAGAAUGGGAAGCUACAAGUAUUUACUUGGUUUUUGCAUUUGAGAAGCAGCAGUGAGCACCAGAACAGCUAUAUUCCAUCUCACACAGAUUUGAAUCAUCCACCUUAGAUAGAUUUGACAACUUUCUGUUUGUUUAUUUUCAUUAUUCUAAAUGUACAGGAUGCUGCCGGAAACUCCGGUUUAUACAUUUGAUAUUUGCUGUCUGUGACAGAUGAUCUUUUGUGUGUGUACAUAAGAAUAAGUUGGGACCUUUGUCUUUAAAAGUCUAUUUUUAAUGUUCUAAGAAUUCCAUUUGCCUCUACUCUCUUAGCUCAUAAAAAUGAUAAUAUGACUUGUUAAAGCUGCCGAACUCUUUCCACAGUGCUCUGAUUUGUUCAGUCUGUUUACAGUAUUAAAUUUAUUACAGUUGUAGAGUUGAUGAGGGAGUGUAAUGGUUUGCAGGUAUGUUUUCUCAUUUCUAUAGUUUUAUAUAGUGUUUUUCAAGAUUAAAUGGACUGCAUUUCUGUACAAUUGAAUGUAAGAAGUGUUCAGUAGGUACUGCUAAAGUUACAAAUUUAAAACUAAAUUUUAGAUGGUCAUAAUGGUUAUUUACCUAGAAUUUUAGUCAGUUAUUAUAUAUUAUAAAUAGUAACUACUUUGUUUGCUAUAAUGGUACAUUUCUGGAACUGGAUAGAACAUUUUGGUUGCUAGCAUAGAAUUGGUUUAGAUUUUGUGGGUUUUCUCUGAAGAAAUUUCUACCAAUUAAUGUUUCUAGGUAAAAAGAAUCUAAUUAGAUUUACCUGUCUUCAUUGAACAAAAUGCCAUAGUUGUUUUUUCUCAAGAUAUAAUGAAAACUUCUCCUAUGUACACCCGUUGCACAUUAUUGUCAGAUUUAGAUAUGGAACUGCCAUCAGAGGAUGUGACUGUGAAAAAAAAAGGUGAUAAACUUUAGAUUAAUUUUCCCAUGUUAGGUCUAGGUUACUGGUACUAGUGCAAUAGAUCCGUUACUCCCUUCUGCCCAGAAAGAAGCAGGAGAAUCUAUUCCUUAAUUACAAUGUUGUACUUUUCAUAGUAGGAUCCAGUAUCUCAUCACCAUUCAGAAUUUAUAUUUGCCCUUCAAAACCGUUGCAAUCAUCAGCCCUGGCUUCUUGCUUGACUACUCUUCCAAAACUGACAGCUAGGUGAACUGUUGUCCUUACUUCACAUCACUGUUUAGAAAACUUGCCAAUUUUUAGAUGUAGUAAAAAACUUAAAAGAACAAAGCAGAGCAAUUGUUGCGUAUUUUAAAAAUCAUUUCUUGUUUUUCCUAAAU